AUGGGAAGCUCUGGCACCACCUUUUCUUUGUCUAGCCUCAUGUGUGAAGAAGGUGAAGAUAGCUUCUUUGAAGCCGAAGAUGAACACGCUGGCAUUGACUCACUUGAUAACCCAUGUUUUGUUUUUGAGGACGAUGAAGAGGAAUACAUUGAGUUUUUGUUCGGACAAGAAAUGGGUUUCGGAUCCCAUAAUCAUUUCUUGUCCUCUGAUGAUUAUUCAAGCAGAUACUGGUUGAGGAGUGCUCGUAUGGAUGCCAUUGACUGGAUUUUCAAUACACAAGCAAGAUUUGGAUUCAAAAUUCAGACAGCUUAUUUAUCAGUGACUUACUUUGAUCGCUUUCUUUCAAAGAGAUCCAUCGAUGAAUCCAAACCUUGGGCUAUUCAAUUAUUAUCAGUGGCAAGUUUAUCCCUGGCAGCAAAGAUGGAAGAGCAAAAGGUGCCGCCUCUAUCUGAAUAUCCAAUAGCAGAAUAUCGCUUUGAGAACAAAGUUAUUAAGAACAUGGAACUUCUGAUUUUGUGUACCUUGGAAUGGAAAAUGGGAUCAGCAACUCCAUUUUCUUACUUGCAUUACUUUGUCAGCAAGUUCUGCCCUGGAUCCAGACCUGAAACAAUAAUCACAAAAGCCACGGAACAUAUUGUGGCUAUGGUCAAAGAUGUUAAUUUGAUGGAUCAACGGCCAUCUAUAAUUGCCUCUGCUGCCAUAUUGGCAGCUUUUGAUGCUACAUUAACAAGAAAGGCCAUGGAUCUUCGAAUAAGCGUAAUCUCAUCAUGGGGAAAUCUAGAAAGUGGACAUGUUUUUUCCUGCUACAGUCUAAUACAGGAAAAGAGGAGAAACAACGUUAAGACACCAUCCUCGAUUUUAUUGUCAACCCAGACGGGCUCCACGUGUGUUCUUGAGAACCCAUCUGAAACUUCUUUCGGAGCUAAGAGAAAACUUACUUUUGAGGACAGUGAAUUUUGUCCGGAACAAAAGUUACAUCGGCCUUAG